CCUGCUCGCAUAUCUAUUUCAGGCAUAUCCUGCAGGCAUGAAAAUUGCAAAAGGGGCAGUUAAAAAUGCCUCAUGUUGCAUGACCGUUGAUUUUCCAGCUUGUGCCCCCGUGGCAAGUCUAACCUCAGUUAUCGAGCAGCCCUUAAACGAGGAUGACUAACGAUCCAUCGCAAGACUACUACCAAGUUUUGGAGAUUGAUGACUCGGCAGAUGCUGCUACCAUUAAGUCAAACUACUAUCGCCUUGCCAGAAAGCACCACCCUGAUAAGAACAAGAAUGACGACACAGCAACCGCUCGGUUUCAGCAGAUCCAGCAUGCUUACUCUAUUUUGUCUCACCGUUCCAAACGGCGGGUCUACGAUGCGACUAGAGUAAAACCAAGGCAUGACAGACAAACGGCGGCACGACAUGGCAGGGAACAACAGGCUAGGGAAGCUGAAGAAUUAGCCGCUCGAAGGGCUAGGGAGGCAGCCCGCCAGAAGGCCCGAGAAGAAGAACAGCGGCGUGCUCAGCAGCGGCAACAGGUAGAAGCCGCUCGAAAAGCUUGGGAAGAGGGACAACGCCGUGUUCAACAGCAGAAACAAGAAGAAGCUGCUCAAAAGGCUCGGGAAGAUGAACAACGACGUGCUCAACUGCAGGAACAACAACAACAACAAGCCGUCCAAAAGGCACUGGAGGAGGAACAGCGACGUGCCCAGCAACAGCAAGAGGAAGAAACUGCUCGAAAGACUCAAGAAGAGGAGCAGCGACAAGCCCAACUACAGCAACAAGAAGAAGCCUCCCGAAAGGCUUGGGAGGAAGAGGAGAGAGCAAAAGAAGAAAGCUAUUCUCAAGAGCAACAACACAAAGAAUUAGGGGAGAGUGCUCUGGAUGAGAAAUUGGGUGCUUGCAAGCAACAAACACCAGUACAAGAUACUGAACAGCCCGGCCCCCUCGAAGAUCUCCUCGAGCCGAUGGGAAUUUCCAUCCAAUGCUUGAGUUCGAAAACCGCCUGUCUCUUCUCUAGAUCAGAGGGCCGGACUUUGGGACCCAUAUUCGAGCUGUUCGUUGUUCUGGUAUUGAUCUUCGGGUGUUUGAUCGGCUCUCUAUCAAAUCCAUUGGCGCCAGCAACUCCGGUCGUUUGCUUUCUAGUGUCAGGAAUUUUUCACCUCACCUUCUGCGCACCACCUCGUCCAGAUACACCAAUCUCUUUUGAUGGGCUUGUGAAGGGGCUUCAGAUCGGCUCAAAACUUGGAGAAAUACAAGCGAUCGCGGCCAAUCGCUCGGAGAUACCCUACCUUCUUCAAAUCAGUGAAUUGAGGGUGGGCAACAUGCUGAUACCUUUGGGCAUGGACGAUUGGCCAUUAGAGGUAAAACUCUCAACCCUUGCUGAAGAAUACUGGGAAUAUUCCGCCGAGGCGAUUGAUGGACUCGUCGAAGCAUUCAUAGUGAUCGAUAGAUCUGUCGACGAAACGAUGCGCAUCAUUACCAGGGCCGCGGAAGGGAUGGAGUCAUUCUAUCAGCCAUCUGUAUUUUCUCGACUCAAAGACAUCUUCAUUGCGGCUAUUGUCCCUUCCGCAAACAAGUUGGCCAGGGAGGUGGCCCUGCGUCAGUUAUUGCUCCACAUGGCUGAUGCAAUUGAUCAAAGACUUAGCGAGACGCUCGUGUCAUUGACGGCAACCGAGGAUAAUCUGAGCAGGAUGCUAGGCGUGCUUUACAACGUCGCCUUGCACGUCAUUGGCGACAAAGGGACUCUUGAUGACCACAUCAUAAAGGAGACAAAGACCUGGGUAUGGGUAUUUGUAAAAAUGGGGAAAAUCGGGGCGCCUCGGAGUGUGAUGACAACGGCAACGACUUUCUACCGCGACACAGAAGGAGCACGCAUGACGAUUUCAGGAAUUAUAUCUCGUAUUCGAGAUCUUCGCGACGAUAUCCGGACAUUUCAGAACACUAUACAAGAUGCACCCAUGAUUAUUGGGGGUCAAAUGGGGAGCAUCUUGCAAUCGAAUGUGGAUAUGUUGCGCAAUAACGUGUACGAGUUGGAAGAGAGCCGCCGCUCAACGAAGCGGUUGAAAAGAGGACGGAGAGCACAGAGGCCGCUAUUUGUACGUUAGGAGUCCUAGAUCAAGGAUGGGUUCAGUGUGUAUUACUCGCACAGAAGCUGGAGCAAAAGCGGAAGGUUGUUUGUUGUAUCAUACUGUAAGAUGAGCUUGGUUAUGUACCCGAUUCGCC